AUGCCCAUUUCAAAUUUGAUUGUUCCGAUUAACGCAACACUGCAACGCCAACGCAACGGUGGAGGAGGAGGAGGCGGGCAUGUAUUAGCUACCGCCCACACCACCACCACGACAACGGAGGCGCCGCAGCAGCCGCGGGAAAAAACACAAUUACCGAGUGCAACAACAACAACAGUCACUACUAUUGCAGCAAGCGCAGCCGACAUAACAGCAACAGCAGACACAUGUGUUGGCAAGCGACAGGAACAACAACAAACACAACAACAACAGCAGCAAUAUCACACACAACGCCAUUUAGCGUUAUUAGUGCGCAGUAGCAGCAGAUUUGCUGCCACAGUCGCCGCCGCCAUUUUUGCUGCUGCCAGCGUAGCGUGCGCUGGCAUUUUGGCGGGCGCCACUCCCACACCCGCCAACGCCGCUGCCGCCACAGUUUCAACCGCAACCGCAACCACAACCGCUUCAUCCUCAUCGGCCAAAUCAACCUCCUCACAUGACAGUACAAAUGAUCGUAUCGGUGUGAGCGCGGCAAUUGCGGCCAAUACAAUAAGUAGCAGCAACAGCGGCGGCGUCGCAAACGCAAUUUCUACGCAGCAGAGUAUAGUUGCUGCUGCUGAAUUUUAUAUAAUACAGCGGACAGGCAUAUCGCGUAAAGCAACUACUUCCUCUACGUAUACAUACGCGUCAUGUGACAAAUCGAACGCUAGUCGAACUCGUAAUAGAAAAAAGUUCCGUGUACGCGAUCGCGAUCGCGCACGUUUUCGUUGGCGUUCGGCGUGCGCCAGUAGCAUUAAUAGCGUUCGUAGUAGCUGUGUUAGUAAGCGUGUUAAUGAGUUGAGUGUUGCUGGUGGCAACGAAGAGUAA